CGAGCUAUUUCAGCACAAAAUGCGUAUACAUACGCGAGCACUUUAUCUAGGUCGUAUCUAGUACUACAAUCCCUUAAAAGAGGCUGUACACUGUUGAUAUACCCCAUUGAUGGCUGCUGCGAAGUUCCAACAUACAUCCAUUAGCUAUAGCGUUUAGCAUACGGCUUGCCUAAGUAUAGGCGAGACUCAGGAAGUGUUACUACUUCAUUACUGCCUACACGCACUAGUAUUUUCUGGUGUGACAAAGACUUGGUGCGCAUAUUCAGAUAGUUCGGAAAGCAUAGUACUUGGUACAAGCAUAUUAUACAUAGUACAUGAACAUAAAUAAGAGAGCACCAUUUACAACACGUACACAUACACACAUCACCAUAUUCUUUUAUACACUGUGUCGCGUACGCACACACGUAACACACACAAUGGCUGCCACAACAACCGACGCUCAGCAACAAGAGCUACUCAAGACCUUUAAAGAGAUCACUCAUGAAACAGACGAUGUUAAAUGCACACGCACUCUUACAGUCUACAACUGGGACCUAGCUAGUGCUAUAGAUGGCUUCCUAGCAGGCGGACAUGCCAAUCCAGUUAUGUUAGCAGAUGAGAUGAUGCAUGCACAAGCGCUUGACGAAGAAGGCCUGGUAGAGGGGGGUAUGGAAGGAUAUGCCGGCGCUAUCAAUAGACAGGGUGGUGGUAGAACGAGUGGAGCUGGUUCUGCAGCACUUGGCAAUCCCUGGGGCACUGCGCGAGUGCAGGGAUUGAGGAAUCGAAUGGGGGCUAGACCCACCGGGCAGGCGAGAGGUGCAAAUGGCGACCCACGGAACGGGCGAGGAAGGGGCGCAGAACCCCAAGGGUGGGUGUCCUGGGCCAUCUCUUUGAUCUUCUCGCCCAUUCAGACCUUUCUCAGUGCGGUGGACUACAUAUUAGGACCGGUUUUGAGGGCAAUUACUGCUGUUUCCGGGUCUUUUGUCCAGUCUGAUUUUGGCAAGAGUGAAGAGACUGUAAUACGCGAGUUUGAAACCGAGUAUGAUCAGAAGUAUGGAACUCGUCACGCCAGUUUUUUCCACGGAUCGUUCUCACAGGCUGUGAGUUUGGCCAAAGAGCGAUUGCAGUAUGUGGUGGUGUAUGUUCACUCUCCGCGACACCUGGAUACGGAUAUUUUCUGCAGAGAGUUUAUGAGCAAUCAGACGGUGAUGGAUCUGUGUCAACAAGACUCGGUAUUCUUCGCCGCUUCUGCUAGCUCGACUCUGGGAUGGGGUACGGCCAAUGCGUUGCAAGCCACGGGAUAUCCCUUUGUGGCUGUGGUGCUGCCAAUUGGUAGUAAAAUCAAGUUGGUUGGCAAAAUUGAAGAUAUCUCCACGGUGAGCAACUUCACGGAGCAGUUGAAAGGUUUUACCGAAAUGGCUAACGCUGAACUGAUGCUGCAGAGGAACGAAAGGCUAGAGCGUCUGAACACUCGCAACUUACUACGCGAACAAGAACAAGCCUUCCAGGAAUCACUUAGAGCUGACCAGGAGAAGGCCGAACAAAAGAGAACAGCAGAAGAAAAAGAACGGGAGGAGGAGGAACGCAAGCAGCGUGAAAUAGAUGAGGAAGAGCGAGUGGCACAGGAGUUGGAGGAUCUCCGCGAAAAGAACUUCAAAGCGUUGCCGGCAGAGCCUGAAACAGGACAAACCGAGACAGCAAACAUUGUAUUCCGGUUGCCACUGGGAGGGCGGCUUCAAAGACGAUUCAAUCUAGAUGAUAGCGUUAAGCACGUGUACGACUUUGUAGCGGGACACCACCUAGACCACGAUAUCCCGGACGACUUCUCACUGGUGUGUUCCUUCCCACGCACUGAGUACACCGACCACAGCCUGACACUCAGGGCCGCUAAGCUCACUGGCAGUGUUGCGCUGAUGGUCCAGGACUUGGACUAGAUUAAGGUUGCCCAAACAAACGCGGGGCGGAAUGAGAGGAGGUACUUGAUCGGAGGCUGUGGCCAAAUAAGCGCGUGACGGAAUAAGGAGACGGUCUUGACUAGGGCUGUAGCCUACUGAAAACACGAGGGCACAAGUAGAAGCAGCACGUUCGCCAGACCAACAGAUCACAAUCGCAGACGAUUUGAUUUAGUCACACGGCUAUUGCAUGCCUGUGUAUGAGUACCCCCCAUGAAUCUGUAUAACGCGUUGUGCUUUCCAAUCCAUACGUUCAAGCCCGAUGUAUUUGACGGGGUGUGAGACCUUGCUUCAUGCUCGUACCUUCUCAAACCAUCGCGGCUUGGGUCGGCGUUGCAUCGUACUACUACCCGCACAAAUGCGUAUACGGCCCCUUGCACGAAGCGCACUCUCGUCUGUCUGUGGCACUGGAACGGCCCCAUUGUCGUUGCGAGUAUCGAUGCGGUUAGGCUGCCCCGAGUGUGUGUGUGUGUAUGGCUACUGCGUGCGUCGUGCGUUGUGCCUGGUACUGAUACGAAGAGGUUUGGAGCUUAUCCUGAAAUUCAAGUUCUAGUGUGGAGUGUAUGAUAGCCGUAGUCAGCGUAUAGUAUCCAGACUUGGGUUCAAAGUACAUGGUCAACGGCUGGAGGUGAUGGCCUGAUAUGUGACUGACAAGUGGGGCCCUGAACAGUUGUGCCGAACAUCUCUGCGUCGAGGCGGCGAGUGGGAACACGGAUGUUUUACCUGUCAUUCAUGCGUGGGUGUGCGCGAGUCCCAUGGAAGAAUUGCCUGGGAGUACACCUUUGCCACGCACACGCUAGUUGCGCCAGGGCUUUGCGAAGCACUGGCGAGCACGCACAGCCGAACAAAAGCAACCGAGCAUGUACAUACCAAACCUCCACGCCUAUACAUGCAACACAACCAACCUACACAGCAAGCAUUCACAGACAUACAGCACAACCAUGCAUACACUUACAACCCAUGCUGGACAUCCUGUGCACAAGGCGAUGGAGUUAAAAGAGGUGUGCAGAAAGCAUCGAGGAAGUGGGGUCUUACUUGGGCAAGGAAAGCAGUCGGGUUAAAACGAGCUCACAAGGCCAUAUGCUUAUGGACAUAGACCUAGAUGGUCUGGUUCAUUCUAUAUUAUUUGUACCGAAAUUCUCUGGCGUAUGCAUGCUGUUGCAGUUUCCUGUCGUUAACUCAGCACACAUCCUUGUACCGGCCUUGUCGAUAGAGAAGAAUAAACGUGUAUAGGGCACAAACCCUCCCAAC